AAAAGAAAAAAAGAAGAAAAAAGCUCAACAACAACUUGACGGUAAAUCCCUUAAUCCACAAUCCCACCUUCUCCUAAUCCGUUUUCAUUGCGUUUUCUCACCUACUUAUUUGAUCCAAUUCCGUUGAAUCUUCUCACUUUUAGGAGAGAAAUCAAGAAGAAAUUCUUAAAACCCAUGAUCAUUUUGAUUUUCAGAAACCCUAAAGAUGCCCCUUUUGUUUUGAUUCUCUUCGAGAUUUAGAUAUCGAGAGUAUUAGGUGCCAAACCCAGGUGAUUUAUUCGUUUGAUGAUCAAGAAGAAAGGAGAAGCACAAAGGCCCAGAUUUGAAAACAGCUAUCUAGGGUCGAUUCUGGAUUGUUUUGGGGGAGGAUGCUGCUGUAGCUUUGAAGAAGGUCAUAUUUUGAUCCGGGAGCAGGAGAAAGAUCAAGAAUUUGGGACAAUGUUAUUUACCCAUUUUCCUGAUUCCUCGAAAGUACGGGAAACCCUAGUUUUCUGGUUAUUAAUUGAUUCAUAUUCAGAUGCGGGACUGCAUUGAAAUCCCUUGACCGUACCCUGAUUUCUCUAGAUAAGUUUUGGGAUUAACUUGUCGCUGUUUCAUGGAACCACCAUUGCCGAGAUGGGUGUUUUUGGUGUUUGUCGUCCAUUCUGUUGCUGUUCAGUCACAAUCACAAAAUGAAGGGGGCCUUCUAUUCCUAUCUUCCAUUGCACUACCACAAUCACCACCACCGCCAACACCAGUACCACCACCACCUCUUCCUCCUUCCCCAUCUGCACCACGAAGGCCACCUCCACAGUUUUAUCCUCCUCCUCCACUCCCUCACCGUCUUCGAUCACCACCACGGACUCACAACAGCGGACCCCAUCAUGGGAUACGGCCACGGCCGCCUCCACCUCCACCUCCACCUCCACCUCCACCUCCACCGCCACCACCACCACCUACACCACCAAGUAAUCACAAGCUGAAUACAGGGAAGAAGAUCGGGUUGUUGUUUGCUGGCAUCAUAGCAAUCUUGCAGAUUGGUGUAGUGGGCUUCUUGGUUUAUAAGAGACGGCAGCUGUUAAAGUAAAGACAGAUUCGAUACUGAUCUUCCUUUUGAAUUCUUCAGUUUCACUGUCUUGCAUUUAUACUAUUGCUUCAGUGAAGUGGAUUACAAUGCUAGCAAAUUGAUUGGAUUAUGAAAUUCUUUGCUGAGCAUUAUAAUCUUGGAGUUCUAUCAAAUUGAGAUUCUUUGAUGUGCGGCAUGAGGAUUGGAUUCGUGAGUUGAUUGGACAAUAUAUAUCUACCUUUUGGUCCUUGGAAGUCCUUUGUAAAUGGGUAAAUGUUGAUUGUCAUUUUUUCCAUCUUCUUGUUAUAGUUUUCUUUGAUUUAUUAUUAUUAUUUUUUAAAAAUUUUUUUGGGGUGUUUUAGUUUGGUUACACGGCUUGUUAUUGAAAAAGAAGAAAGGUGGUUGCCUUUGUAUUUGUUCGAUUAUCUGCUUUUACGAACGUGUGACAUUGUACCAAUCUUAGGAACCAUGGAAGUAUUAAAAUUGAUGAAAGGUAGCUUUUGUAUGUGUUGAAAUUUAGUAAAGGAAUUUCUCUUCA